AUGAAACUACAUAUUUUCAGACAUGGAGGAUUAUCACCCUCCUCCAUUCAAAGAGUCCCCACUAUACACUCUCUAAAGUCAUUCCGAUAUAUCUCUACCACAAAUAUUCUAUCGAAUAAAACUAACGAAGAAAAUGUGUCAAAACCAAGUGAUUAUUUGACUGACACAACAAAUAACAUAUUUUCAUCAUAUGCGUCGAGAAACAAGCUAACUCAAAAUAAAAAUGCUAAUGUAGCAAAUAUAAUGUCACCAAGAGAUUUUAAUUCCAAAACAGGGACAAUCAAUACUAUAAAAUACGUCUUGAGUUGUCGAUUCACUAAAAACAAUACACAUAUUACAUAUUCUGCUGUUGUUGAAGAUACAGCAUUUCAGAAAAAGAACCCUAAUUUAUCAUACAAUGAAAUGGUAUUGUAUUAUAUGAAAUUACCUCAAAAGGUUAAAUUUGCCAUUUCGACUGGUUGUUUAGGCUUCAGAAAGGCUGCAAGAGGUGAAUACGAAGCUGGGUUCCAAACGGCAACGAAAGCGUUCCAAAUGAUUGAGGAGAAAGGGCUGACUGAUAAGAAGAUCGAAAUUGUUAUGAGGGAUUUUGGUAAAGGUAGAUCUGCUUUUGUAGCUGCUUUGAAUGGGAAAGAAGGUAAUAAUAUUAGGAAGUAUGUAGCAAGAAUAUCAGAUAAGACACCAUUGAAGUUUGGUGGGGUUAGAUCACCAAAGAUUAGAAGGUUGUGA